AUGCCACAGGAUGCCGAUGGUAGUGACGUGGCUGUCAUUGAUGAUGAUGAAGCGCGAAAAAUCCUUGACUACGAUGCCAAUGACUCGCCGUACCCAGAAGUACGAGCAGUCGUGCCACCGCAAGAUGACCAAAAGCUUCCAACAAAUACGGUGCGCAUGUGGGUUAUUGGUAUAUUAUUCACUAUAAUCGGAUGCGCGUUAAAUCAACUCUUCAGUCUGCGCAAGCCCAGCGUAACAAUCAACGUGCUUGUGGGACAGUUACUGGCGUACCCCGUAGGCGUCGCCUGGGCCCGACUGAUGCCUAUUGGCAUCCUCAACCCAGAUCGCAAUUUCAAUAUCAAAGAACACGCCCUCAUCACCAUCAUGGCUAAUGUCUCCUUUGGAUCUGCGGCUGCUACCCAGGUUAUUGAGGCGACUAUGAAAUUCUACAACCUGGGAACUCGACCCGGGUUUGGUAUUCUGCUCACUAUUUCUACGCAGCUUUUUGGUUUCGGUCUGGCUGGGUUGUUUCAACGGUGGUUGGUGCAACCGGCUGCCAUGAUUUGGCCCGGUGUUUUGUCCAACGCCGCUCUAUUCAUGACUUUGCACUCGAAAGCGAAUGCUUUCGCUGAUGGCUGGACUAUCUCUCGCCGAAAGUUCUUCCUUAUUGUUUUCGGCGCCGGUUUCGCAUGGUACUUCCUGCCGGGAUUCUUGUUCACAGCGUUGAGUUACUUUAGUUUCAUUUGCUGGAUUGUGCCUCACAAUGUUGUGGUCAACCAACUUUUUGGCCAGGUUACAGGCCUUGGCAUGUCAGUUUUGACAUUUGAUUGGAGUCAGGUUGUCUAUGCCAAUGCAAAUCCAUUGUUGACGCCAUUCUGGGCUGGUGUAAAUGUCAUGGGGGGCUUUGUGUUCUUUUUUUGGCUUAUUUGCCCCAUCCUUUAUUACACUAAUACUUGGAAUUUCGCAUACAUGCCAAUGAUGAACUCGGGCGUGUUCGACAACACCGGCAAGUCGUACAACACGUCAAGAAUCAUGAACCAUGAUGGGACUGUCAAUACCAAGGCUUAUGAAGAAUAUUCGCCUCUUUUCCUGCCCGCCGGCUAUGCUCUCACUUACGGGAUUGCGUUCGCCAAUUUGACGGGAAUUUUCGUGCACAUUGCCCUCUACCACGGUAAAGAAAUAUGGACGAUUUGGAAAGGUGAUGGCAAGAAAGAUAUCCACGCACGACUGAAUGAAGUUUAUCAACAAGUUCCUUGGUGGUGGUUCGCCGGUGUCACUGUAUUAAUGUGGGUAUUGAGCAUCGUAGUAAACGAGGUGUGGAAUACUGGCUUGCCUGUUUGGGCUGUGCUAGUUGGCUUCCUCAUGCCGCUCGUCUACUUCCUCCCUGUGGGAAUCAUCAAGGCCCUCACCAACAUCAGCACCAACGAAAUCAACCUAAUUACCGAAUUCAUUGCAGGCUAUGCAUUUUUGGGCCGGCCGAUCGCUAACAUGUCUUUCAAAUUCCUCGGCUAUGCUGGUGUUGCACAGGGAUUAGAAUUUAUGGCUGAUCAAAAACUUGGACAUUACUUCCACAUUCCUCCUCGGAUGGUUUUCAUGGCCCAAGGAUUGGCCACUCUCGUGGGAGCGCUUGUCCAGGCAGGUCUGACGAUUGGUGUUCUUGAAGGUGUCAAUAACGUUUGCACCUCUGCUCAAUCCGGAGGCUAUAGCUGCCCACACGGCCAAGUGACGUAUUCAUCAUCUCUUAUCUGGGGUGCUCUUGGACCUGGCCGUAGCUAUUCGCCAGGUCAAAUCUAUGGCAAACUGUUAUGGUUCUUUCUCAUUGGGCCUUGUGUCGUGCUCGUAACAUGGGCAUUAGGGCGCAAGUGGAAGUUCUUCAACUACGUCACCUGGCCGGUGAUCUUCGGAGGCAUGAGCUUGGUGCCGCCAGCCACUGGCAUCAACUUUUCUUCAUGGUGGGCAUUCAACGUCGUUUUCAACGGCAUCAUUAAACGUCGCAGAGGUGCUUGGUGGUCCAAGUAUAACUUUGUCCUUGCCGCCGCACUCGACUGUGGUGUUGCUGUAUCUCUUGUCAUUAUAUUCUUCUGCAUUGUCCUUCCCGGCGCCAAGCUGGAAUGGUGGGGUAAUACUGUCUACACGAAGACGGCAGACGGACUGGGUACACCGUGGAAGAAGCUUUCCCCAGGCGAGACGUUUGGACCAACGACAUGGAGCUGA